AUGGGAGUUUGUGCAUCUACGCAGCUCGCAAGCAAAGGUGGAAACCAUAGUUGGCAAUCCACGGUGAACAUAGUUGACUUAGAUGGAAGGUUGGAGCAAUUGAAGGAGCCAAUUAAGGCAUGGCAUGUCUUGUCUCAGAACCCAAACUGCUACAUCUGCUGCUCAGAAACCAUGUAUGUUGGGUCGCCAAUGCUUCCUGUGCUUCCAACUGAAGACCUUCAGUUGGGUCUCGUCUACUUCCUUGUGCCACGUACCAAAUCCCGCGUUCCACUCUCUCUUCAGGACUUGGGGGCACUGGCCAUCAGAGCUAAUGCAGCUCUAUCUGCAGCUGCAACACCUAACUACCCAAUCUCAAAACCCAAUCCACAAAAAAAAUUCCGUACGCACCCUACUCUUUCUAACGUUUCGCUGGGGUAUUCCCAUUAG